CACUAGCAUAUAUCCAUAUGUUUUAAAAUUUCCCCUCAAAUACAUUUGUAUUGUAUACUAUACACAUACACAUGUUUUUGUUCCUUAUGCCACUUUAUUUUUCAUAUCUGUCAGAAUUUCUGUUGUUUACAGCGUCAUUAUCGGCAUUUUAUCUUUGAGAGUAAAAUUUUUGUUUGUUUAUGAAAUGGAAUUGAAAAAUUACGAUUUGAUUAAGCAAAUCGGAGAAGGAACAUAUGGCAAGGUGUUCCAGGCCAGAGAAAAAGCAACCAAUAGAUGUAUAGCAGUGAAGCUGAUUAAAAAAAGUACAAAUCCUUCGGAGAGAGAAAGAAAAGAGCAAAAGAAAUUUCUAAAAGAAUGUAACAUUCAUAGUUCCUUAAGUCAUCCGAAUAUUAUUCAAAUGUUAAGUUCCUUUGAAAAUGUUGAGUACAUUGUUGUCGUCACGGAAUUGGCCGGUAUUGACUUACAUCGAUUUUUAGCACAAAAACACAACAAGUUGUCGGAUAAACAUGUUCAAAAGCUUACUUGGAACUUACUUUCUGCAUUAUAUUACUUGCAUUCUCAUGGAGUCAUUCAUCGCGACUUGAAGCCACAAAAUGUUUUAUUAAACAAUCAUCAAAACAUUGAUGAAAUGAGUGCAAAGUUGUGCGACUUUGGGUUGGCUCGGCAAAUGCCAAAAGAAACAUAUCUUUUAACCAGCGUGAAAGGUACACCAUUGUAUAUGGCGCCCGAGGUAAUGGAUGUGGCUUUGUAUGAUGAAAGAGCCGAUUUAUGGUCAUUUGGCUGCAUUAUUUAUGAGGCACAUUUCGGAAAACCACCAAUAAGAACACAGUCAUUUACCCAAUUAAUGAAAUGGCACCGUAAUCCAGAAAUCGAAUGGCCAUCCACAAUCUCAGAUGAAUCGAAGUCAUUCGUUGAGGGUCUUUUAAAAAAAGAGCCUGAAAAACGUUUUUCGUGGGCUCAAAUUAUCGAACAUCCAUAUGUAAAAGGAAACUUAGUGAUUUUGGAUAACAACAAAGCAGAACGUCGAUUGACCGUAGAUUUGACGGUAUCACAACAAAUUCGUAAAGAGAAACAAAGAGAUGAGAUUAUAUUAAAUCGUGGUAAAAAAGCUAUUGCUGAGGCAAUGAAAAAGUGUAAACCAUCGAAUAAUUCAAAAAUACCAGAUACUGGACCAAACGGGGAAAAUAAUAAGCAUAAAAAUGUGAUUGGUGACAAUGAAUCCAUAUCCUCUAAUGAUAGUGUGAAUGCCAUUAUUCAAACCGAUCUGGAAACUGAUGUUGAAGGGCCUUUAGUCAAAAGGCCAAUCAAAGUGCAAACAGAAUCUGAUCACAUCGAUCGAGGAGAUAACCAGAAUUUGAUCAUAAAACGAUAUACAGACAAUUUUAGUGCGAUUAAUAAUAAUGUCGACGAACAAGACAAUACAAAUCUUAAAAUUGGCACAAUGCUUGAAAAUAUUGAAAAAAUGCAGCUUGAAGAUGAAAACAAAUUAUGUGCUGCUAAAGUAUCAAAAGAAACCGAAGACGAAACAAAAGAUGUCAAUACACUGGAAAUGGCAUCAACUAGCAAUCAAGCAAAAGCGAAUACCAAGCUUGGAAGGCGAAAGCUAGGUCAAAAUUUGGACAAUUUUUCCAUUCGAUUGGGUAAACGUGAUGAUAAGGAGAAACCACCAUGUGCCAGUGAAGAACGAAAAGAGCAAGAGAAUGUGGACACGAAGCAGAAUGAAGAUGAUAGUCCGCUAAUAGAGAAUGAGGAAUGGCUAGCCUUUAUUCGGAAGAGAAUGCAGGAGCUCUUGAAUGGCGAAACCAAUUCCCUUAAAGACCAAAAUCUGGUCGGUAUAAUUGUGCCAAUUCUUAGGAAUUUUAAUUCAAGCAGUACGGUCAUUGGUAGUGUUGUUCAGUUACUAAGUAUUCCAUUUGUAUUGCCCAUAUCUGAUGAUGAUGCGAUACAAAUAAGAGCAGUUUACCUUCAAACAAAGUUGUUGCCAAAUUUAAUAUUUGCAUCAAAAAUUAUAUGUAUGGUGAAAAUCAGUAAUCCAAGUUUUUCUUCCACUAUUUCAUCGUCUGAUUUCGGUGUUUUGGGAACAACACAAGAGCAAAUUGUUUUCAAACGAAUUAGUGACUUAUCAGUUGAUCAACUGAAAACGUUAUCAAGCAUUUACGAACUAGCUUGCUAUCUGAUACACUCGAAUGGAAAUUUCUUGGAACAAUUUUGUGAUUCUAUGUAUAUGAUUGCCAACGAUUUAUUGAGGCACCUACUAAAAAGCGUUGUGUAUGAUGUUCAAGGAAUGCAAUUAGUUUGUGCUAUUGUUUCAAUAUUAUGCUUCGUGUUAAGAGAGUCACCAGAAAAUGCAGAACUCGUAGAAAGUGUAAUAUUUUACGAAGGCGUAGACAUAGUUUCUUUGUUGCAGAAUGGAAAUAGCCCGUUAAGAUUGAGGCUAUGCAAUUUCUUGAGAAUUAUUUCUCGAUUCAGCUGGUCCGCAUUACAAAAAUCCUGGACAAAGGAUUUCAAACAAACAUUAGAGAGUCUACUGGAUGAGAGCAAUGUACAAAUUAAAGAGGCGGCCAGACUUACAAUUGACGAACUCAGCCAUUUGUCAUUUUAUAAUGUUUAAAUUGAAUAAUCACUUUUGUUACACAAUAAAUAUUUAAAAGAUUUUUAUAAAAUAAAUAAUGAAAUACAAAUUAA